UCACAUUGUGACAACCAGUUGUAAUCGAUGGUAUCGGCGAUUUCGGAGGUUAUUCGUCCGCCACCAGUAGCCCAUCGCGAAGUCCCACACGAAUGAGGCCUGCCGCAGGAGACCAGGGCUUUGGUGACCAGGCACAAGGCAGUCCUCUGAAGAGUCCCUCCAGGAUGAGGGCUGUCUCACCAGGACUCUCUCCAGGCUCUGGUAUUGCUGAUGAUGAAUUGAAAACAGCCGAGGAAAAGUUUGAAGAAACAAAAGCUAUCACGGAGACAGCUAUGUUUAAUUUACUUGAUAAUGAUGUGGAGCAAAUCUCCCAGUUGCAAGCUUUUGUGGAGGCUAUAACAAACUACCAUAAACAGUCUGCUUCAAUUCUUGAGCGACUUUGUGAGACACUUGACUACAAGAGGGAAGAUGCUGUGAGUCGUCCAAAAUCUGACCAUGUUGUGAAACGUGUAACUUCCUUCCGUCGGAGUGCCUCCCCAUCUCCGUUCAACGAUGAUGACGGUUUCGGAGACGCUGCAUCCAGCAGCUCGGGUGGUGGUUACAACUUCCCUAGCACAGCUUCUCUUGGCGAAUCAGUGAACAAGCCGAAGCCAUGCUGCAAGGCCAUGUACGACUUUGAGCCAGAGAACGAAGGAGAGCUGGGAUUCUCCGAAGGGGACAUCAUCGACCUAAUACAGAAAGUAGACGACAACUGGUUCGAGGGUAGCAUCCGAGGUGUAGGAUUUUAUAACAAGACCCCUAAAAACCAACACCUUGAUACCCCGCAUAAAACCUCAUGUCGUAUUAAGCUAUCUCCUUUCAUUUGA